AUGAGCGUGAGAGAAGCUUCGUCGCGCUUUAACAUCCCAAAAAGCACUCUACACGACAAGACAUCGGCAUUGAGCCGUGGAGAAGAAGUGACGCUGCAACCAAAAAUGGGUAGAUUCACUAAAACUUUUUCACCGGAGUACGAACAAGUUCUAUUGGACCAUGUAAAAGAUUUGUCCAAUAGAUGUCUGCCGCUGAUGAAAAAAGAAUUCCUGAAGUUAGCCUUCGACUUGGCUGAAGCUAUGAAGAUUCCUCAUCGAUUUAAUAAACAGAAGGCUACUGCUGGGAAGCAUUUUUAUUACGAUUUCAUGCAGAGACAUCCUGGUGUUUCACUGAGGGUGCCAGAGUCGACAAGCAUGAUGCGGGCCGUAGGUUUCAACAAACCUCAAGUCAAUAUAUUUUAUGACAAUCUUGAAAAAUUAAUGACACGGUACAAAUUUCCGGCCUCCAACAUUUAUAACUGUGAUGAAACUGGAGUAAGCUGCGUGCAAAAACAUCGAAAAGUUCUGGCUCCGAAGACUGUUCGUCAAGUAGGGAAGCUCACUUCUGCUGAGAGGGGCAAAAAUAUAACAGUUUUGUUUUGUAUGAGCGCUGACGGCCACUUCAUACCGCCAUUUUUUGUUUUCCCUCGACAAAGAAUGAGUGAUCGGCUCAUGAUUAACGCUCCAGCCGGAAGCGUAGGCGUGGCUCAGCCAAAAGGUUGGAUGAACAAUGAUUUUUUUUUACAAUGGUUACAGCUAUUUGUGAAACACUCACACCCGACAAAAGAGAGCCAAGUACUCCUUUUACUGGAUGGUCAUAGCAGCCACAAGACACUGGCAGUCAUCAAUUUUUGCCGAGAUAACAAUAUUCAUUUGAUAAGCACACCACCACACACUACCCAUAAGCUCCAACCACUGGACAGGACAUUCAUGAAGCCGUUCAAAGAUGCUUAUAAUCAACGAUGCGAUAUGUGGAUGAGAGCAAAUGCUGGAUCUCGGAUUACUGACUACGAUAUUGCUGGUUUGGUCAGUGAAGCGUUCACAAAAGUAGCUCGGCUAGAUAUUGCGGCGUCUGGGUUCAAAUGCACAGGAAUUUUCCCAUUUGACAGACAUUUAUUUUCUGACUUGGAUUAUAUGGCUGUAGACAUGACCAAUGUUUCAUUAGAAGAGCUAAAAACAUCCUCAAUCGCACCGGGUUGCAGCGGGGAAGUUUCCGAACAGUGCAACGAUUUGGUCGUAGUGGAAUCCACUGACCCUCCUAAAGAAUCUACCAACGAACCCAGAAUCAGUAGUCCCAAGCCAUCGACGAGCUUUAGUCCAGAUGUUAUUCAGGUUGUCCAUAAAUUGUCGCCAUUGCCAGAUGCUGCCAAAAAACGAUCGGCUACUCGGAAGAGAAAAAGUGAAAAAAGUGAAAUUUUAACAUCAUCACCAUACAAAAUUAUUGUUGAAGAAAAAGAGAAUGAAAAGAACAUUAAAGAGAAACAGAAAAUUUUGGGAUUAAAAUUCAAUACUACAUUGGCUGAGAAGGGAAAACAAACGAAGGGCUUGAUGAUCAAAGGAAAAAAUAGAAAGAAAAAGGAACCAUUAACUCAAAUACCUGAACCUGACAACGACAAAACGACUUGCGUAGUUUGCUUAGAAGACCAUAACGAAGACUGGAUACAGUGCUCUAGCUGCAAUGGGUGGGCACAUGAAGCAUGUGCUGACAUUCCUGAAUGUGCAGAUGCCUACAUAUGUGAUCGAUGCCGAUUAUUUUAA